UUUGUGUCACGUGACCAAUGGCUUCCGUUUGUUGAUUCCUCUUCGGUUGUCUCGUUGCGGCUUGCGUUGCGGUGUGUGAUUAGCGUGUGUAUCGGCUCUUCGAAGUCGCCUUUCGCUAGCGUGUUUGAGCGCGAACGUUCGUCGUUUAUUUGUUGUGACUGUUCGCUAGGCUACAAGCCCGACCGUCUUCGUUAGCUGGCGAACACCCGCGCAGCCAUGUCGAGGGGAACCCUGUGGAUGGGCGACAUUGAGCCGUACAUGGACGACGCGUUCUUGAAGCAAGCCUUCGCCCAGAUGGGGGAAGCGUGCUUGUCCACGAAAAUCAUCGCCAAUAAGUUGACCGGGCUUCCCGUGGGCUACGGCUUCAUGGAGUUCCUUGACGAGGCCACGGCACAGCGGAUCCUGCUCGAGUGCGACGGCAAGCCCAUCCCUGGCUCCAACCCGGUCAAGAAGUUCAAACUCAACCGCGCCAGUCACAGCAAGGAGGCCAAUCAGCAGCGCGAGUUCUCCGCCUUUGUCGGCAACCUGAGCUCAGAGGUGGACGACCUCUCCCUCUACACCGCUUUCCACUCCAGGUUCUCCUCGGUGAAGGCGGCCAAAGUGGUGCUGGACGACGGGGGACAGAGCAGGGGCUACGGCUUUGUGCGCUUCGGCAGCGAGGAGCAGCUGCAGGAGGCCCUGCGCCUCUUGAACGACACGCAGGCUGUGGGCACCAAACCCAUUCGCGUUAGCGCCGCCACCCCCAAAAGCUUUGUGGCAAAUAUUCCCACGUGUUUGUUCAUGGCGACGCCCCCCGGCCAGCAGCAGCAGCAGGGCUACCAGCAGCAGUACUACGGAGGCUACGGCUACAACUACCCGGGCUACUACAACCCCUGGCAGGGAUACCAGCAGUACUACGGAAACUACCAGGGCUACCCCGGCUACGCGGGCUACUACGGCCAGCAGGAGUAUGCCCAGCCGCCCGAAGCCCAGGCCGUGGGGUACGACUACGCCGCGGCCGGCGUUGCAGGACCGACUCUGGAGGCCCCCGCUGCCCAACCCCAGCAGCCCGGUGUUGCCGGCCCAGAUCCAGACAACGACGUAGAAGACCACAACAUGAGCCUACCCGACGUGGACGCCCUCAACAAGGCCUUGAUGGCACGCUCGGAGGACCUGUACUCUGCCCUGGACAGCUGCCGGUGGCUGCCCACAGACGGACUUGACCCACCCUUGGUGCCCGUCAAGUGACCCUAAAUAAAAAACCUUUUUUGAGUUGCA